AUGCCGGGCAACCCUAGGAAACAAUUCGGAGGCAAUUUUCGCAAAAGGGCGAAGGUCGACAAGAAGAGCAAAGGCGGUGACCACGACGAAGUGCUCCUCGCAGAUGUGAACGAGCUGAUCAAGCGAAACCGUCCCGACGAAGACCCUACCUCUGACGACAAUGGAACCUCGCCGUCAGUCACCCUCCCCGAAACUUUCACCGAGAUCGAAUUGACGGUCUCCGAUCUUUCCUCGACGGGAGAUGGUCUUGCGCUAUCAGAGAACAAGGACCAUGUCUACGUCGUACCCUUCACAGUCCCUGGCGACAAAGUGCGCGUAAAGGUCAUCCGCCAUUGUCCCGCUCAAUCAUACACCAUCACCGAUUUCCUCAGUGUCAUCGAGCCCGGCCCCCAAAGAAAUGACUCUCUGAUCAAGUGUCAAUACUUCUCCAAGUGCUCCGGAUGUCAACUUCAAAUGAUGUCCUACGAAGAUCAGCUUGCGCACAAGCGGCGCAUCGUAGAGAAGGCGUAUGCCAACUUUUCAGGAUUGAUCCCAGAGUUGGUCCCUGCUGUCGAUGACACUUUCCCGUCACCCAUGCAAUAUGGGUAUCGUACAAAGCUCACUCCACAUUUUGCGCACGGGGGCGCGAGGAAAAAGUCGAAUGCAGAUGGCCAGGAAUCCCAGGAAGUUCAGGUUCCGCCCAUCGGCUUCUGCUAUAAGAAUCGCAGAGCGGAUAUGGAUAUCGAGGAUUGUCCCUUGGGAACGGAUAUUGUUCGUCGUGGUCUCAAGAGCGAGCGGAAACGUGUUGCGGAGAACAUUCGCUCGUACAAGAAGGGUGCCACUCUUCUGAUGCGCGAAUCCACUUCUCGCAUCAGGAAAGAUGAGUCCGGCGCUGAGACGGAACAGAAAGACUUGAACGGACUCACAUCAACAGCCGGCGCUGACACUGGCGAUGUCAUCCGUACUGAUCGUGGGACAUAUAUUGAGGAGAAGCGCUGCAUUACCGACAAUAAUGCCACAACGGUCGAGUACGUUGAUGAUUACAUCUUCAGCAACAAAGCCGGUGCAUUCUUCCAAAACAACAAUUCGAUCCUCUCCGGCUUCACGGACUUCAUCCGCUCUCAUGCCCUGCCCCCAAACAACGAUCAAGAUCCCACCCCGAUCAAAUACCUUCUCGAUGCCUAUUCCGGUUCUGGUCUUUUCACAAUCACACUUUCAACGAUCUUCAAAUCCAGUCUCGGUGUUGACGUCGCUGGCGACUCCAUCGUCUCUGCUCGCGAAAACGCCAAGGCCAACAACUUGCCCAAUACUGGCUUUGCUGCCGCCGAUGCCGCCGUUCUGUUCAAAGAUGUACCCUACCCAGCUGAUCAGACACUCCUUGUGAUCGAUCCUCCCCGCAAGGGUUGUUCCGAUGACUUCCUCCAGCAAUUACUCGCUUUUAAACCUCGUCGCGUCGUUUACGUGAGUUGUAAUGUGCACACUCAAGCUCGUGACGUCGCAGUCAUGGUGCAGGGCGAUGAGAAGCAAGAUGUGCGCUAUGAGAUUGAGAGCAUCCGUGGCUUUGAUUUCUUCCCUCAAACUGGUCAUGUGGAGGGUGUGGCGAUCUUGAACCGUACUUCUUUCCCUAAGAAUGAGGCGGCUUCAUGA